UAAAAUAGAAAACAUUAGAAAAAGAAAUUCUCUUGGUGUGUCUAUUUAUAUAAAUAAAUUCCGAAACUCAAACCCUACCGUUAGGUUCAUUCAUUCAUUUCUCAAUCAACAAUCAAUAGAGCAGUGAGUGAAGUGUCAAGUGCACCGCACUCAAAGUUCUCAUCUCCGUCGAUUUCCUCUUAAACGAUGUCGUAUCGUCCAAGCGCCAACUCUAGGACCGAUGUCCGUCGCAAUCGAUACAAGGUGGCUGUCGAUGCCGAAGAAGGUCGCCGCCGGCGAGAGGACACCAUGGUUGAGAUCCGUAAGAAUCGUCGUGAAGAGAGUUUGUUGAAAAAGAGGCGUGAGGGCCUUCAACCUCAGCAGAUUCCUUCCUCUCUUCACUCUGUCGUUGUAGAGAAAAAGUUGGAACAUUUACCAUCCAUGGUUGCUGGUGUUUGGAGUGAUGAUAAUAGCUUGCAGCUUGAGGCAACAACUCAGUUUCGAAAGCUGCUUUCUAUUGAACGUACUCCACCGAUUGAGGAGGUUAUACAGACUGGUGUAGUGUCUCGUUUUGUGGAAUUUUUGAUGAGGGAAGACUUUCCGCAGUUGCAGUUUGAGGCAGCUUGGGCUUUGACAAAUAUUGCUUCUGGAACUUCUGAAAACACAAAGGUGGUAAUUGAACAUGGAGCUGUCCCAAUUUUUGUUAAGCUCCUUGCUUCUCCUAGUGAUGAUGUCCGUGAACAGGCUGUGUGGGCAUUAGGAAAUGUUGCUGGGGAUUCUCCCAGAUGUCGCGAUCUUGUUCUCGGUCACGGGGCUUUGGUUCCUCUUUUGGCACAACUGAAUGAACAUGCCAAGCUUUCUAUGCUGAGAAAUGCUACCUGGACACUUUCGAACUUCUGCAGGGGGAAGCCACAGCCUCCUUUUGAUCAGGUUAAACCUGCACUUCCUGCUCUUACUGGUCUUAUUCAUUCAAAUGAUGAAGAAGUCUUGACUGAUGCCUGCUGGGCACUUUCAUAUCUUUCUGAUGGUACAAAUGAUAAAAUUCAAGCUGUCAUUGAAGCUGGUGUUUGUCCUCGACUAGUUGAGCUUCUACUGCACCCAUCUCCUUCAGUGCUAAUUCCUGCUCUUCGUACUGUUGGAAAUAUUGUUACUGGAGAUGAUAUGCAAACUCAGGUUAUCAUCAAUCAUCAGGCUCUUCCUUGCCUAUUCAAUCUGUUGACCAAUAAUUAUAAAAAAAGCAUCAAGAAGGAAGCUUGUUGGACCAUAUCAAACAUCACAGCCGGGAAUAAACAGCAGAUUCAGGCUGUUAUUGAGGCCAAUAUAUUUGGUCCUUUGGUGAACCUGCUCCAAAAUGCUGAGUUUGAUAUUAAGAAAGAGGCUGCCUGGGCUAUCUCAAAUGCUACAUCUGGUGGAUCUCAUGACCAAAUCAAGUAUCUAGUAAGUCAAGGGUGUAUUAAGCCCUUGUGUGAUCUUCUUAUCUGCCCUGAUCCUAGGAUUGUGACAGUUUGUCUGGAAGGCCUUGAAAACAUCUUAAAGGUUGGAGAAGCUGAUAAAAAUAUAGGCAAUACUGGUGACGUGAAUCUAUAUGCCCAAAUGAUCGAUGAUGCUGAGGGAUUGGAGAAAAUUGAGAAUCUCCAGAGUCAUGACAACACUGAGAUUUAUGAAAAGGCUGUAAAGAUUCUUGAGACAUACUGGUUGGAGGAAGAUGAUGAGACUAUGCCUCCAGGGGAUGCUGCUCAAUCAGGAUUCAACUUUGGAAGUGCUGAGGUUCCUUCCGUGCCUUCCGGUGGAUUCAACUUCACUCAGUAGAUGCUCAUGCUUUACUGGGGUCAUGUCUUAUAUCUAAGCCUUUUCUGGAGUUUUGGCUGUUCUAUCAUUAAAGUCCUCCAGUGUGACGGGAUGAAGCUGGGGUCGAGUCAAUGUGUUUUUUUCUUUAGGUCCAACAUUGGUAAAUAGAGCGUUGCUGGACUGGCUUGGGCUUUUGCAAUGCCUGGUUUUUCAUAUCUCAUGGGGACAGAUGUGUGGUGGUGGCUUGAUUUUUUUGCCACCGUAGAGAAUUCUAGACUUCUCUCUGUGAAGUGAUAAUUGCAUAAAAUGAAUGUUCAGUAUUUUUUCUUUGUUAUAUUAUAUGUUAGUUUGGAGUCGUUAAGUUUUAGUUUACAAAUAUGGGUCUUUUUGGCAAAAUGCCAGAUGCUCGUUGGAGUUUUUACCCGUCCGUACCUUUUAUUUUUUUUGUCGAUGAAGUUUACAGUAGAGUUCAGUUAUUCAUUAUGUUAUCCAAAUCUUGUGGCCCUAUUUAUGUUGAUGGAGUUUGUUUUGCAAUUUGCAAUGUCUUAAAACUGGAAUUAGUGUGGUGCAAUCGUUUUGUAUUAUAUAUAGUUUCAAGGCUUUUGGUUCUC